UCACUAUCAUCAUCACUGUAUAAUAAUCAUUUCAACUUAUCACUUCACAAAAAUAUUCUCCCAAAGUUUUCUCUACAAUGACUUUUGAUAUCAGAAAACCCCUCAUCAAAUCAGAAAAUCGACGGGUGGCAAACCUCAUUACCUUAAUCACAGCAUGUUGCGCGACUUGCUUGGAUAUUCUGAGUUUAUCUGCUGUCAACGUUGCUGUACCAUCUAUUGCGGUGGACCUGGUUCUUGACGCUUCUACACUUCCAUGGUUGAUUGCAUCCUACUCUAUUGCCUUCGCCGCGUUUUUAUUACCCGCUGGAAAACUAGGUGAUCUCUAUGGCUAUCGCUUAAUCUAUCUUAUUGGUAUGCUGCUCUUUGGAGUCGCUUCCAUUGUGAACGCUGUUGCUCCUAAUGAAUAUGUUCUAUUUGUAUUCCGAGCUAUACAAGGUCUCGGUGCAGCGUGUACUGUGCCAAACGGCAUCGCAUUGAUCGCAAACAGUUAUGAAGAUGAAAAUGCACGACGAAUUGCUCUUUCAGUAUUCGGUGGUUCCGGCCCAGUAGGCUUCGUUGUCGGCCUCAUUCUUGGAGGUGCUUUAUCGUUCACCAUCGGAUGGAGAUGGAUCUUCUAUAUUUCAGCUAUCUGCUCGUUCGCGAUGUUCUUCCUCGCCUUCCUCUAUGUUCCCGAUUUCACGCGCGAAGGAUCAGCCGAGAGUAUCGAUAUGAUUGGAUUUUUCCUUGUGACGAGCGGAUUUAUUCUCGUAAUUUAUGCCCUUUCCGAUGGACAAUGGCAUCUUGCUCGUGAUCCUGUAACUCUCGUGAUUGGUGUACUUCUCAUUGCAGUCUUUAUGGCGUGGCAGUUCAAGGCAACUUAUCCUCUUCUACGACCUAGCUGGUGGCGCCGUCCAAACUUUGCCGGUGCUUUCUGGAUUGCAUUUUUGAAUUAUGCAUCAUUCAUGGGCUAUAUCUAUGUAACCACACUACUGUUUCAAGACGCUUUUGGCUAUACUGCACUUGAAACGGCUCUCUACUACCUACCGAUGGGAAUUGUUGCAUUUUUCAGUGCGAAUUUGGUUGGCUUCAUAACUCCUUACACCGGCUAUCGCAGCAUCUUGAUCGUUGGUACUUUGUUGGCACUUGGUGGUAAUAUUGGAUCGCUCUACUACUCUCUUGAAUUGGGAUUCUGGAAGCUCAUAUUCCCAAUGCACUUCAUUUUGGGUUUCGGCUUGCCACUCCCUUACGUUGGAGGACAAAACGCUAUGAUUGCAACUGCGCCACCCAGUGAGACUGGAACUCUUGGAGCUGUCUACAAUACUGCUGGCCAACUUGGAGCCGCAGUCGGAUUGGCCAUCUUGACAGCUGUCAUCAAUGGUGUAAACCCAAGUGGCGCCACGGGUGCUGAAAGUCUUCCAGGAUACCAUGCUGCGUACUAUGCCAAUAUCGCAUUCCUGUCUGUUCAAACAGUCAUAGCUGUGCUUUUCAUUAAGGGCAAUGCAAAGCCUUCCAGUGUCUCUGAAGAGCGCACCGAUAGCGACAACAAGUCUAACGAUACUUUGCAAGAUUUGGAGAAGGGUAAAAUCGAAGCCAUUGACACGCCAGUAAGAGAAGUUGCCGACUCCGCCGACUCAGCUAGAACAGUGGUUUAAUAAUCCCCAUCCAAGCAUUGAAAUCAUGAAUAGAAAUUUACUUUCCCAUUCUUGUUCCCGAAUAUUGUAAACUCCAUUAGAAUACCCUGGUACCAAAAACAUAGAACAUUGUAAUAAAAUAUAAAUAGCAGUACAUUAUGUGCACCUCCAACUUUGAAAAGU